ACGAUCAUCAGUACGAUCGCGACCCUGGCCCUGACCGCGACCGCGACACACUCACACUGUUAGUCGCGACUGUUGUCAGCGUCGAGAAGGUGCGCGCUCCGAUGGACACAGAGCAGCAAGGCAUCUAGUCAGACUGUCAACUCAUCUCUUGCGUUGAUCUUCAGGUCACUCUAACCUGGUCAGCAUGGUCUCCCAGCCGCGUCAGGUAGCAGUCGCCAUCCCAUAUCGGUACCCAUCCCUGUCUGGUGGAGCUCUCACCAAAUCACAAGCCGAGAUCUGUCUCGUCUCGAGUCGCAAACAUGCAGGUCUGUGGGUUCUUCCAAAGGGCGGAGUGGAGAAGGGAGAGCAGGGCAGAGCAGCUGCGAUCAGAGAGAUGUGGGAAGAAGCUGGACUGCUACCUCAUCCUUCACAGCCUGCAACGCUGCCCCAUGCCCAGACAGUAUCCGACCUGAAAGCGCACAAGAAAUCUCCCGUCUCCGAUCCCAACUCCUCCGAUUUCGUUCCUCGCGCAAUCUACGAAUCGCACGAGGUCUUGAUCGAUGGCAUUUCAGGUGUGCUGGAUGAUUGGCCGGAGACGCGGGAGAGAAAACGCGUGUGGGUGGCGAGGGACAAGGCGGUGGAUCUGUUGAGGUGGAGGCAAGAUUGCAGACACCUGUUGGAAAUGGCAGAGCUGAAAGUUGCCGAUUGACACGAGACAGGUACUCAGUCAUGAAAGAUGCAACGUAGCAGAUGCCUAGUCGGAACGAAUGUCUCCUGAUGUGAUUCACACUCGACGCGAUUUGGCAUCUUCAAAACACCGCAAGUGGGCCCAUGCUGAUCUUGGGGCAAGAUGCUUGCUCGCACAUGCCCGACUUUGAGACCGCCGCUCUUUGCAGAAUAGCGAAGGAGGUUUUAU